CAUAAGGGAUUGAACACGCGGGAAAAGAGGGAACAGUUAGGGCGUCCUCUCCCUCUCGAGUGGGAUGUGCGGGGAAGAACAUAUAAAGAGAUCGGAGAGUACAGCUCAAAUUUCUCAAGAGAGCUCGGAUUACUUGUUCGACAGUACACAGAUCCGGACUGUCCUCAAUGGUCAAAAGUACCAAAUGCCUCGAAAGAAAGAAUACUUGCACAUUUGGAAAUAUGGAGAAGGGCAUAUGCCUGGGAUCUUGAGAGGCAUUGAUACUUCGUGUGCUAAAAAGUAUUCUGACUGGAAGUACGAUAUUAAAGAGCACUUAACGAUUAAUGGGCCACAAAAUCGUUAUGGUGGUUGCACGGAUACGCAGUGGCAAAAAGCAAUUGAUUUUUUCCGUCGCCCAGAAAUUACGGUAUUAAUUUCUUGCUAAACUUAACUAUCUUAAUUAAAUAUAUUACUAACGAUAACUUUUUGCAGAAAC